GGGAAUAUAUGAAAUUGUUAGAGUAUCAUUCAUUAUUUUCUUGAAAUCAUUAAAAUGUAUACGGUUUAUAUAAAAGCGAAUUGACACUUGUCCUUGAAGCAAGGAGAUAGUAGAAGAUCGAACAGAUUAACAAGCUCGCUCUCAAUCAUCAAUCAUGGAAGUUGAGUGUUUCAUAGGACACCGCUUUGUACACUCACCAGCAGCUCCUCCUAUUCUGCGCCAAUCACUGUUUUCCAAUUCAGUUCAAAGAAACAACAAAAAUGGCAGCCUCAAUGUUACAGCCAAAAUCUGCUUCCACGAAAAUGACGCCCAUGACCACCUAUUCUUCAAAUCCGCCAUUUCUCGAGCCUCCUAUCGUUUCCAAGAAGCUAUUCGACCAGAGCCUCUUUUUGUCGAUCCUUACGCUGGCUGCUUUGUGCCUCCUGACCUUGACCUUGAGCUCGACAAAAAUUCGGAUCACCAUUACUGCAUUGGCACUAGAUUUAUCGAUGAUAAGUUGCUUAACGAAACCAAGGGUGCUGAUGGAGCUAAACAAGUUGUAAUGUUCACAGAUGGAAUGGAUACUAGGGCUUAUCGCCUCAAUUGGCCUUCUUCAACUGUAAUCUAUGAUGUAUCACCACAAUCAGUAUUCAGUAAAGCAUCUCAAAAGCUCCAAGAUGUUGGUGCUAAAAUUCCAAGAAGCUGUUUGCUUCUUCAUGUUCCUUUGGAGUCAUCUGAUAUGCAACAACUUUUACGUGAUAAAGGAUUUAAUGGUUCCAGACCAAGUAUAUGGGUUUUCCAGGGUUUUCCAGUCACAAAUUUGGCUAGUUUUAAGGAGAUUCUGUUUAUGGUUAGUAAUUUAGCCAUGAAAGGAUGUCUGUUGGUGGGUGAAUUUCCAUUGUGGUUGACUGAAAAUGAUGAGGGGGCAAAGCUAAAUGUGGAGACAUGGAUGUAUGAAGUUUUCAUGAGCUAUGGUUUUCGAGUGCAAAUCAUAGGUUAUGAUGAUGUGGCAAGAAGCCUUGGUCGAGAACAGGUAGAAGGAAUCCCUGAUAAUCUGCUUUUUGUUGCAGAGCACCUACGAUAUUCUGAUGAUGAGAUGGAGACUUGGAGGAUGCAAUUUCAGAGGGUUGAGGAAGAAGGCGAUGAAGAAGGAUUUGAGGAGCUCUAAAGUCUAAACCCAAUGUGAUAUGAUUUUGUAUCAUUAAAAGAAAUUAUCAUUACAUUUUAUGUAAUGGCUUUUGUGCAAGGUCAAAAUGGCUCUGAUGUAGUAGUGAGGUUAUUUGGAUUGUUACAACAU